ACCACUCAUACAUGAAUAGAGGGACAGAAGCGAAUCAAUCCACUGAUCCGUCCCACAUACAUGAAGCACGUGCAUGUACACACGAAUGCACACACACACACACACACAGAGUCAGUGACUCACCAUCCAAUCGUCUGGCAACCAAAACAGCAGUACACUCACUCACAGCUCCCUCUCGAGCAAUCGGCAGUGAUUCGGUGGACGUGCUCCAUGUGUGCGUGGGGGGUACGUCUGUGAAUUUCAGAGUGUCUCUUGUACAUCAAAUCACAUCCAUCCAUCCAUCCAUAUGCAUUUCCAUCCAGUCAAUCAUCCCGUCAUGCCGCGAUUGGACGCUCUUAUGCUACACAUACGCACACACAACACACACACACACACACACGUAGACUUGUAUCGCAUUACAGCGCCUUAUCGCGGCCGCGAAAGCCCAGUGCAGCUACAAUCAGUCACACGCACUGGGCUUCGGUGUCGUCUGUCUUGACGUCAUGACCACCACCACCACACGAUGCAGCGUCCUCCGAUGUCUUUCGGCGGCUCUCCUUUGCUUUGUAUGAGCGAUACAUGCCUGAACGUGGUGCAGAUAUACAUACAUACAUACAUACAUCCCUACCUACGUACACGCGUAGCUUCCCUCCCUCUCCCUCUGUGUAUGUGUAUGUCUUUUUGCCUCUGAUUUGUGCGAUGGCUUCAUGCGCGAGGGCCUCCGUCUGAAACUCCAACGUCAUCAGUGGCUUGCUCUGACCACCCACCCAUUCAUUAAUGCAUGCAUGGAUACAUUCGUUCACAGGCACACAUGCGCACAGAACCACCCAGCCAUGAAACUUGCAUAAUGACGUCUGUCUGUCUCUCUUGUGUCUGUCAACCUUUGUACCUGCAGCUGGUUGAAGUAGAAGAAGAGCACUCGAGGGCUGCUCUUCUUGGAGGUGAUUUUGAGCACGUCCUUCAGCCAAAAGUGGGCGUGAACCAACACACUCUCGCCCUCGCACUCAGCCCCACCACCGCUACCACCAUCUCCAUCGCCAGCAGCACCAGGGGCGCCCGGCUCGCCAGCCUCACCGGAGUCAUCACCACUGCCACUCCUCUCAUCUGCCUCCCCAGAGGUCUCAUCGUCGUGUGGCUUGGCGCCCUUUGGAUCGGACACGCAUAGGAUUUCCAGAGGGGUCACUGCUAGAGUGCACGGCCCCCUAUCCGGCACGUAGUAAUAGAGCUGCGGGGAUGGGGCUGGGGAGGUGCCAUCUGCCGCUGGUGCGGGUGCUCGUGGUGGUGGUGACGUCUUGGCUGCAUCGUUGGGAGGGCCGUCUGCUGGAGGUGCUGACGUCGGCUCGUCAGUGCGGGUGUCGUCCAUGAUGUAGACGAGUACAUCAAUGCGGCAAGGGAACAGCCGGGCGCCGCUCUUCUUCAUGCUCUGCAGAAGACCCCACUCCAGCCGCGUCACGUCGAGCCCUGGUGGCGGCUCCAGACUUGCCUCAGCAUGCAUGUUCCUCUUGCCGUGAUGGGGCUCCCGCCUCUCGGCGUGGUGGUGAUGGUGCCGUUGCGGCCUCCCCGCCCCCUCCCCCGCCCUCUCACUUGUCUCUGCCCCCGACACGGACGAAGACGCCUCGGACGCCGAAGCUGCUGCAGCUGCUGACAGGAAGGCUUGUGAUUGUGCGGACUGGAGGCUUGACCUCACGCGCUUCUGUGCGGCGGUCCAUAUGUUGGAGACAAACGAUGUGACGGCGGCCGAGGGCGGGGGAAAGGGCGCCGAGCCCUUCGCGUCGGACAGGGAGAGGUUCUCCCACGGAUCGGCGUCCUCCAGCGGCGAAAUGGGCGACGGGGGCUGCUCGGAAGGGGGAGAUGGGAUCCUGAAGGACACAUGAGUGAAUCCAGCAAUCAAGACAUUUGGACAUACGAGCAGGGAGGCAGUGGGUGUGAGGUACGGGGACUAGGGGGUCCAGCCGAGUCGCUUUCUGUCUGUGUCCAGUGUUUCGUUACGUACGGAGUGCGGAAUGGGUGGAGUGCAGGGGAGCUGGGCGCCUGUGCCAGGAUGGCCCGCGGGGGCUUGUAGUUGGGGCUGCACACGUGGCACUCGAAGGUUCGGUGGUCGACCAGGUCCAGCCCGCCCUUGAGGGCCAUCGCGUGGCAGUCCUUGUAACCGCCCUUGGCUAUGCUCACGUACCUGCCACAUACAAAUACAGACAACACCAUUAGCGCCUCUGUGCCUGUGUGCCUCUGGGGCUUCUCUGGUCAACAGCUCAGCUACCUCAUUUUCAUGUCUGAGGUGAGGAAGUUGUAGUACCGCAGUGCGUCCCUGUGGGUGUCGUCCGACGAGCUCAGCAGACAGAUGUGGUGCAUGGGGGCCAUGCACGACUCCCUCUCCCUCUCGCGCCGCAUGGCACCACCCCGCUUGCCUCCCAGUGCCGGCUCAGACCGCCCGCUGCCCUUUGCCUUGGUGGUGGCACUCCCGUCGUCGGUCGCCCUGCGGCCGCUGGGGCUCCACUCGUCCCCGUCUCCAGCCAUGCGGUCGAGGGCAUGCGGCUCCCUGUUACCAGUAAUGAGGGAGGGGUCGACAGAUUUGCUUCGGAUGGGCGAGGAGCCAUCCGACGAGAGCGGGUGCGGCGGACAGAGCGUCUUGUCUCUCUCCAUCUCUCGGUCUCGAUCUCUUGAGCGAUGUGUGUGCUCGAUCUGCUGGUGGUCGUGGUCGUGGUGGUAAGGGUGUGCUCUUGGUGAUGACCCGUCAGCGUCUGGUACGGGGGAACCCUCGCCCUCAGGCUCAGCAUCUUCACCAUAAGCAUCACAGGCGCUAGUGUCGUUCUCAUUGUCUUGAUUUCCUUGUGUGUAGUAUCUGUCAGCGGCGUGUGUGGAGUCGAAGUUCUCGGGGCACAGGGUGAGCAGCUGAUCCUGCCAGUCGCCUCGACGGUCGACGUGAAUGGCCAGGGGCAGAUGGCCCGCAUCGAACUGCCACCUGCAUUCAUCCAAUCCACACACACACACAGAGAAGAGAGAGGCGUGGGAGCACUGCUUGGUGGCAAUCUUCGCGUGUUUGUUUGUUUGUUUGUUUGCUUGCUUGCCUGGGUCGUAUGUCGAGGAGCAGCAGCUUCCACGAGAAGUUGGGGCCUUUCAGCCCAUAACAGUGGCUGCACAACACAACCGACCAAGUUGCACGAAAUGCGUGGCCUGAGGUAUCGUAUCUUGCCUGAGUAUUUCAGCCGGGAGGAGGUGGAAUGCGCCCUCCCGCUCGAGCUGAUCCAAAUGGGGCGGCCGGAAGAUUUGACCGCUCUGAUUGAACCACAGACAGACAGGCACACAGGUGUGUUUGUCGUGUCAGUGUGUCAGUCAGGAGGGUUCGUCUGCCUGUCAGUCAGUUGCCGCACGCACCUGCGAUGUGGCUGAGAGUCUGUGUGCGAAUGAGGUGGGAGUGUUCUUCUUGAGCUCCUCUGCUGUACGCCACACCUGUGCACAACACAACACACCAGAAGCGCAACGACCCAUACAUGGAGUGUGUACGUCCCUCCCUCCCUCCCUACCAACCAACCUGCUCGAGGUCUUGAUAGCUCUCGACAGUGAUUCGGGUGAGUGUCUCGGGCAGCUGCGACUCGUCCGUGUCGAAGAGAGCCCGCCGCCGCUUCAGAAUCAGAGCCAGGCCAAGAAAACAAAAGAAGAAGCGGUCGUCCUGCACACAACACAACACAACACAACACAACCGACCAACCAACCAACCAUGGGUCUGGUGCUAUGUGGUUUGCGUCAUCGCCUCACUCAGUCAGUCACCUCUGCUAUGUAUCUGUCCCAGAGGGCCAUGAGUGCGUCCAUGGGUGUCUUGGACGAGAAGACGGUGAGGAACCAGGGAGUCACAUACAGCUCAGGCGUCACCUCAUACCGAUCUGCAUCCAUCGAGACACCAGUGAACCAACCAACCGAGACGCGGUCGAUGAGUCCACAGAAAGAAGUCAGAACGGUCAUUUGUGGGCUGCCUGAGUGAGUGACUGACUGGCGGACUGACCGAGGUAUGUGGCCAGUGUGGGGUCGUGGUAUCGCAGAAGGUGAUGGAAGAGGUGGAAGGAGCACUGCAGAGAGAUGAAGUCGUCGUCGGAAAAUGCUGUCGGCAAAUACCUAUCACCACACAUACGUAUACGCGUUGCAACGCUGUCUGCCUGUAAGUGACUGACGUCGUAGCUUUGGCUGACCUGGACACGAACGCCUGGAAGCAGACGAAUGCCUCAGCGCUGUCGAAGGUCGGGUCGCCCUCUCGCAAGUAAAUGAACGGAGCUGCACACCGCCGAGACAGGCACACAGACGGCGUGUUGGCUGGCCGCUUCAUUGCUUGUCAGUCAGUCAGUCAGUCAGUCAGUCGGUCAGUGAAGCAUACAAAUUCACACCCACCCACCCACCCACUCACCCACCGAGCACUUCGUUGAGGCCCUGCUUGUACCGCAGCCCUCGACCUGAACAGUGAAUAAACCAAACACCACAAUACACCACACCACACGGCAUGCAACCAACGGAAUCCAGCCCGGCCCGAGUGAGCUGAGCGACAGACACAUCUGGGCAGGGCAGCCAUUCACUCACUUUUGCAGUAGAAUGUCAGCAGUGCCUCCAUCUCAGCGCGAAUCGCGUCGCUCUGGAAAAAAGCAAGACCGGCCUGACAUCGAUCAGCACGACAAACACAGGUUCCACAGAUGCGGACCGAGUGCGUGCAUGUUGCGCUCUUCUGCCCUGUUCUGCCCUGUUCUGCUCUGUUGCUCACCCUCGUUCUGUCCACAUCACCUCGGAUCACCCGCUGCACAGACAGUCAACCAAUCACAUUGGACUGACCGAUACCGACUGAGCGAGCACCCGGGUGGUGUGUGUGUUGUGUGUUUGAUCCGUGCCGUCAUCUCACUCACUGCCUCGCUGGCUGGCAGACUGACCUGGUUGGUCUCAUCGAGCUGCGUGUUUUGCAGCCACUUAUGGACCUCCUCCAUGGUGUUUGCGGUCUCGGCGGCCCGCUGGGGGUCCAUCAGCAGUGCCCGCCACACCCUGGCACGCAACCUCGGCGGGACCCCGUCCCGGCUGCUGUGGAUGCACUCCCGCACCUUCAUGUCGUCCACAAACUCCGUGUUGCCCAACAAGCGCUCCAGCUCGCUCUCGCACAUAGACGACCCAGCAGCACCACCAGCACUUGCGCUUGCCUCCUCCAUCCUCGACUUUUAUAUUUGUCCUGAGCGCCACUGCCCGAGGAUCUCCGAGGAUCUGACGCUAGAGCUCACUGAUGCUCUGUGUGCUUGUCCCCAUCAGCAGCUCGUGCACGAUGAGGCGUAAGAUCCUGAGCGACAGUGUGAUUCCUGACCAUAAGGACUCCUCCAUUCUCU